AUGCUUACUGGAAGAGCUUUGAGGCUCACGGCCCGGCGUGCUUUUGCUACUUUACCCGAAAAGCCAGCUUCCAAAUCGCAUCCCGUGCGCAAAUUCGUGUCAAGGGUCGUCCUCGCGACAACCGCGUUUUACGCUGGUGGUGUGGCCCUAUCGCUUUACAAUGAUCAAUUUGAGGAGCUGUUUACAGAAUCCGUGCCCGGAGCCGAGAGACUCAUUGAGUGGAGCGAACUUCUUAAGAACGGAUCUUUCCGGGCCUCCCAGGUGUCGCUCGAUGAGUUGAAACAGAAGUUUGGUGCUUUCACCACUAAAGUAGACCGUAUUCCCAACCAUGGUGCGGACCCAACAGUGACCACUUUGCACGAGGCCCAAACUGCAGCGCCGCAACCCACGGAGCCCGUUGAAGAAGUCGCCAUGGUCAAACUCACGCUUCAUCCUAUACCCGGACGCUUCGAACCCACAAGCAAAGCGCAUGAACUGGUUAGUUCCGUGAACGAGCUUGUUGAUAACGUCAAUGGACAAUCGAUUUUGGUUUCCGAAGACGCGUACGAUGCGGUUCAAAAAACUUAUAUUCAAUUGGGUGACGCUGUCCAAGUGCUUGCUGGCGACUUCGACAAGGCACUUGCGGAAGCUCUCGCGGUGAAGUACGGCCAAGCAACCGAGGAUUUGCAAGCCAGUUAUGAGACCAGAUUCAAAGAACGCGAACUCGACUUAACCGGCGAUUUUUUGCAACAAUUUAACAGCUUCAAAAAACAACUCGAAGAACACUCCUCCGAGGAACUCAAAGCUGCCCUGAAGGCUAACGAACAAGCGCUGCUUGCCAAACAGGCCAACGAAGUGGCAUUUUUGUCCAUAAAGCAGGUCGAAGAAUUCAACAAGAUCUUGAGCGAGAAACUUGACAAAGAGAGACAAGGCAGAUUAGCGCAUCUUGAAGACCUGGACAAGGACGUGAACUCUUUGGGCGACGUCAUCGACGCGGUUGACAGAUUUGUUGUGCGCGACGAAGUAAUCACACAAUUGACGUUGGUCUUGGCUCAGAUCCAGAACACGCUACAAUCCAAGGAUUUGCGUAGCGUACAAAUCCAAAACGAAAUCGAAAGGCUCAAGACUUUGACCGACACCUUGCCCAAGAAAAACUGUUGCUCUCAAACCCCACGUCUACUUGACGUUCUCGUUAACGAACUCUCCGAGCUCACAGAGAACCGCAAUUUGCUCUCCAGAGAACAGAUCUACAACAGAUGGAUCCUACUGCAGAAAGACAUUGCUACUGCGACGCUUUUGCCGCCCAACGCAGGUAUCUUGGGCCACAUUUCGGCAAAAUUUUUCUCUUUGUUUCUCUUCAACAAGUCCGGUUCUCCUGUGAACAACGACGUAGACAGCGUCAUAGCGCGCGUAACCGAAGACCUAAGACUUGCCAAGUUAGAUAAGGCCGUCGAAGAAGUUGUCGCUCUACAAGGCUGGCCUCGCGUUCUCUCCGAGCAGUGGCUUCAGGACGCCAGAACAAAACUAGAAGUCGAAAUUUUGGUCGAAGCUCUCGAUUGCACCGUCAGAACACUAUGA